GUAACCCACUACCCCUCUCCGAAGGCUUGUGUCUGCGAUUUGGGGCACUGGUCACUUAGGUUUGACCACCUAUCGUCACCCCCGCCACAGUAAUAGAGAGAGAUGAAACACCAAAGAGAAUGCUGAAAGUGGAUUUAUUGUCAUCUACCUUCAGUUCUCCUAAUGAUCCAGAUGGACAGAAUGAUAUCUUUUGGGAUCAGAAUUCUCCUUUAACCAAACAAUUAGGUAAAGGAAGAAAAAAGCAGAUUUAUACCACAGAUACUGAUGAAAUUUCACAUAUUGUUAAUCGUAUUGCUCCUCAGGAUGAAAAACCAACAACAGACUCCAUGUUGGGUAUGUGGAUUGGUGCUACGGCUAUUCCAUGUACUCCCAAUGUAGCAAAAGGAAAAUUAAGAGCAAAAAUCAGCUGUACCAAGUUAAAAACACAAAAUCAAGAAGAAGAACUUAUGAAAUUGGCUAAACAAUUUGACAAAAAUAUGGAAGAGCUCGAUGUAAUUGAAGAGCAAGACAAGAAAAAUCAUGAUCUUAUCCAGAUGAUUUCAGAAAUAGAGACUUUAAAUAAUUAUAAUGUACAGAUUCAUUCGUCACAUGGCAUAGUUUCUGAAAUAGAUAAUGCUAUAAUGAAAAAAACAGUGCAAGGAAACACUAAGAUGGCUGUGGUUAAUGAUCAAAAUAGCAGUCAGAAGCCCUUUGACCAAAAUGCUGAAGCAGCAUUUAAUGCCAUUUUUGAUGGUUCAACUCAAACAUGUAGUGGACCAUUAAGCCAAGAUCUUCCAGAUGCUUUUGUGAGCACAAGUAAUACUACCUUUGGAAAGAAGAGUUCUAUGAAAGAGGGGAAAAUCAUUACUAAUAAAACUCUAGUCACUGAAAAACUGUUGAAUAAAACCCCAGGAUCACUUUCUCCUCAAGAUGCUCCCAUACUGAUAAAGCCACAUCUCACUACCUGUACCAAGGAGCCAGAAGCUUCUGAUAUGCACACCGAGGCAUUUACUACCAGUGAUUUUGAAGAUGAUUGGGAAAACUUGCUAGGUAAUGAACCUUUUACUAUGCAAAAUUUCAAAAUGCCUGAACCCUUUCCAUCUCCUAAAACAUCCCAGGUUACUGGCGAAAGGGCAAUUUAUACCUUUAGUAGUAAGAAUGAUAAAAGUCAGUCAACAAGUUUAGAUGCCAAGUUAAGAAACUCAAAAAUAUUACUAGAUCCACCUUCAAAAAUACAUAACAAAGAUUUAAUAGAUGCUAGAAAAUAUAGAUUUUCACCAAAUCUAAAUGAUAAGUCAAGUCAGUUAUCAUCCACUGGAAAUAAAAAGAAACUUGAGAAAUCUUUUGAUACAGUUGUUAUUCAAGAGAAGAUUCAGGAUUGUACAAUUGCUUCUAAUCCAACAAAUGCGAAGGAAAACAUUCUUACUGAAUUUACUUCUAAUGUAAAUGCUACUGAAAAGAAGUUGACUGUGGACACAAGAUACUCUAAUGAACAGAAAAAUAAGCCCGUUUUUAAUCAGUCUUUUAAAGCACCUGUUAAUAUUGAUCCUGUGGGCGAUGAAACCUAUAUUAGUAACACCAACCACAUUAAUGCAUCAAAAUUAAGUUCUUUCUUUGAUGAUUGGAAUGAUCCAUCAUUUGCCAAUGAAAUCCUUAAAACAUCUUAUCAACUAGAAAAUACCUGGGAAGCAGAUGAUGUAGACGACGAUUUGUUAUACCAAGCGUGUGACGAUAUUGAAAGACUAACUCAGCAAGGAGACAUUAGAAAGGAUAGCAAGACCUCAGAAAGUGUACCAAAGUAUACCAAACAUGGAGCCAAAAACUUCCCUACUACAUUUCAACAAGAAAGUCGGGUGGUACUAUCAAAGCAUUUGAAUCUGGACAGCAUUUCAGUACAAACAUCUUCCUUGACAAAUAACUCCAAAAUAGAUAAAUCAAUAAAGAUGAAGAAAGGAGAAUUGUGUACAAGUUCUCCAACAUUUUUAGGACCUACAGCAAAUUUGACUACGUACUCUAAGAAUUCAAAGUCUCAGAUCAAUAAUCUUCAUGUCUCAUGGAAUAACAUCGAUAUUUCAGUACAAGAGAACAGCUACAAAUCUGUUUGUGCAGGAAGUUCAAAUAUGAAUGUAAAUUCAGAUCAUAUGAAUACAGAAAUGGCUGAUUUUAAGAAGAAAUUAAGUACUCAUCAACUAUCCUGCAGGACCUUAACAGAUGAAUCUCAAAAUAACCAUAACGAAACUGUUAGAUUUUCAAAGUAUACAUUUACAAAGGUGAAAAAUUCUCAGAUUCUUUCUCACUUUGAUCAAAAUUGUAUAACAGGAAGCAUAUUUGAUACCAAAAUUACACAAAGUUUGCAGAAAAAUAAAAUUGUCAACCCAUUACUUGGGGAAACUGUUCAAAAGCAAUCUUUGGCGAAGCUUUCUGAGCCUUUGAAACAACAAUCUUCAAAAGAAGAAGAGGAGAAAAACAGAAAAUAUUCUCCUGAAGAAAUUCAGAGAAAAAGGCAGGAAGCACUGGUUCGAAGAAUGGCCAGAGCACGAGCAUCAUCUAUAAAUGCAGCUCCCACUUAAUUUCUUUCAUGAAAUAUUGGUUGGAAGACUUAACAAAGACUGAUAACUAUCCAUGAUAGAAAUUUUUUUUUUAAAUUUCUCUGUUAUAAAUUUAAUGCUGACUUUUAAAGCAUGGACUUUUACUUUAUUAUUUAAUAAAUCAGUGUUUACCAUAGUAAAUGAAACCUUUUCUCGGAGUUAUAUGUGAAAGUAAUUACAUGUAAGUUUUGGAAAUUCAGGAACGUUAAUUAUGUACUAAAAUUAUACAGAGGGAAGUAGUUAUGUUUUUAAUACUAUGAUUGUAGAGGAUUAUCAAAUACAGGUAAUCUACUUAAUUUUCUAUUGUAAUGUCUUUUCCUAAUACAGAGCUUCAGUUUACAAAGUUAAUAGAUAAUAUUUUUAGAGUUUCAGUAACUUAAGUUGUUAUACAUUUCUGAAUUUUAAUUAAUACUUCCAUAUUCCCGGGAACAUGGUUGGCAAGAAAUAAAGGAUUAUAAUUUACUUGUAGGAAUGUUACUAUUUUCAGUUCCAAGUCAGAAGUAGAUUUGAAUUUUAAUAUGUCUAAUAUGUGAUACAUUUUGGAAACUUUCCACUAUUUUUAGGGAAAACACUGAUUUAAAGGAGUCUAGAAAAGAGGAAGUAGAGGAUUAGCUAUGUAAUAUAUCAUCUUUAACGCUUAAAACUGGCAAAAACUUCAGUUAUCAUCUGGUCCAGUUUUUUUACUGUUAAGUGAAAAAUAGUACUGUUACUUUCUUACGUUAGAGAGAAAUUUUUGCUAUAGGGAACAUGAACU